AUGUCUCCUAUGACCAACUCGGUCAAUGGGACUAUGGGAUCUGAGCCGAAGGGACUGAGCUUACCCAAGAUGGGAGGUGGACCUGGCAUGAGCUUUAGCCAGCAGCAGCCGCAGGUUCGUGUGCUCACCCUCAACCAUGGUGACCACAUGGACUCAACACUCUUCCGUCUGCAAAAAGGGUGGGUACUUCAGCUCCGUCCCGGCCCAUCUCUGCUGGGGAAGGCUGUCAGUGUGUUCACCAACCACCCAGAGGACCUAGGAGAGGGUUUCACCCGUAACCGUUAUAGACGUCUCCAAUGGAAAAGUGACUCUCGCAAUAAGGGUGAUGAUACAGCCCUCUAUGUUGAAGUAGUCAUCAUUUCAGCAGGAGCUUUCCAUUUCUAUUUCACCUAUGAUGAUGGAGUGGAACGUGAAAGAGCUCAGGGCUCUGGCUACUUCAUUGUAGACCCAACCCUCACUGUAGGCACCAAUAGUGAAACUUUGAGUUUGGAUUGCGUUCAGUGCCAGACUGUGUUGUCGAAAUGCCUAGGACCUCUGCCUGACUGGGAACAAAGGCUGCAAGUGGCUUAUGAGACUGGCUACAAUCUGGUUCAUUUUACUCCCAUUCAGGAACUUGGUGAUUCAAAUUCUUCCUACUCGAUAAAGGAUCAGCACAAGCUUAACACUGAGUUCCAGACCCCAGACCACCAGUACACCUUUGCUGAUGUUGAGGCUCUCAUCAGGAGAAUGAGGGAUGAAUGGAAGAUGUUAUCCCUGACUGAUGUAGUGCUGAACCACACAGCCAAUGAUUCUAACUGGAUCCAGGACCAUCCUGAGGCAACCUAUAACUGCCAGAACUCCCCUCACCUCCGUCCCGCUUAUCUUUUGGAUCGUGUACUGUACCAUAUGACAGUUGAAGUGGCUGAUGGCAAAUGGGAAGAUCGUGGUAUCCCGGUGGCCAUCAGGGAAGAAAAAGAUCUUGAGGCUAUUAAGAAUGUUAUUCAUAGCCAUUUCCUCCCACAAGUUAAACUCCAUGAAUUCUACACUGUGGAUGUAGACAAAACAGUUGAAGAGUUCCGUCGCAGAAUUUCCAGCAACCUUCCAAUCGUCACCAGAGGCAAGGGUGAUUCUUCAUACAAAGAGGAAAUGGUCAUCAUUCAGGACCCCAAUUAUGGAAGAAGAACCUGCACAGUUGAUAUGAAUAUUGCUGUGAGACUCUACAAUUUAGCCAGCCUUUUGAAACAGAUAAUGUUUCAUAAUAUUUUCUUGUAUUUUCCUAGUGAGUCGAAUGCGAAGACCCUCCAGGGUAGUGGACCUGAAGCCCGUGAUGAGGAAGAUCGAAUUGUACGUUGCUGUGCUGAGUUCCGACGUCACAUUGAGAACCUCAACCAGCAGCGCACAAGUGAGAUCCAGGCACACCUCAUCCAGGCCGUUGAAUGUGUUCUGGGAACGAUCAGAUACCAGCGACUUCAACCAGAUGGGCCUAUGAUUGCAGAGGUUUCCAGAGACUACCCACUAGUACCACCGUACUUCACUCAUUACGGAGAAGACGCUUCCCUGGAGGAGGAAGAGGCCCUUAUGUUUAGCGAUAAGGGUUGCUACUUGAUGGCACAUAAUGGGUGGGUCAUGGGUGAUGAUCCACUGAAUAACUUUGCAAGAUCAGACUGCUAUGUCUACCUACGAAGGGAGUUGGUUGCAUGGGGAGACAGUGUGAAGCUCAGAUAUGGUGACAAGCCUGAAGACAGUCCAUACCUAUGGGAUCACAUGAAACGUUAUUGUGAAUAUACGGCUCGCAUCUUCCAUGGCAUCCGCUUGGACAACUGCCAUUCCACCCCAAUUCAUGUUGCAGAGUACAUGUUGGAUGCUGCAAGGAAAGUCAGGCCUGAUUUGUAUGUAAUUGCAGAGCUCUUCACUAAUUCUGACAUUACAGACAAUGUUUUUGUCAACCGUCUGGGCAUCAAUUCAUUGAUUAGAGAGGCCAUGUCGGCACCAAACUCACAUGAAGAGGGAAGGCUUGUGUACCGCUACGGAGGUGAACCUGUGGGCGCAUUCCUGCUUCCCCCUGUACGGCCUCUGGUACCAUGCAUUGCUCAUGCCAUUUUCUUGGACCUGACACAUGACAACCGCAGCCCUGCAGAAGUGCGAACUGCCUGGGAUAUGUUACCCUCAACAGCCCUUGUCAGCAUGGCAUGUUGUGCUUCUGGGUCAACAAGAGGCUAUGAUGAGUUAGUGCCACAUCAUAUUCACGUUGUAGAUGAAACACGUGUAUAUCAGGCUUGGACAGAUGCUGAGCCAACAAGAGGAGAAUGUAAUGAGAGCUCAGGCAUUGUCCGUUGUAAGAGGUUGUUGAACAAGCUUCAUUUUGAGCUUGGAGCUAAUGGCUAUAACCAGGUAUUUGUGGAUCAGGUGACAGAACAUGUGGUUACAGUAACACGUCACAAUCCCGUUACACAUCAGAGUGUUGUAUUGGUUGCCUACACUUCCUUCCGACCUCCAGCAGAGGCUCGUGAAACUCAUAUCAGGCCACUGAAAGUACAGGGACACCUUGAGGAGAUCAUCUUUGAGAUGCAAGUGAAAGGAAAAACAUCAGGGGAAGAUGAUAAGUCGUAUCCAGGCUUCUUCAAUAAUGACUCGGAAUUCAUUAAUGGUCUGAAUAGUAUCAUUGCUGAGGUGAAAGAGAACAUCAGACCAAGUGAGUCUUCACUUGUGCGACUUACUUCACCUGAGGAUGCAGAUGAAACUGAGUGCCAAUACACAUCUGAAUUUACACCUGGUUCAGUAAUUGCAUUCAGACUAAGUCUUCUUCCUCGUGCUCAGACUGCAGUGAACAAAAUUCGUGGAGUUUUGUCAGAAUUUGGUUAUAAAUCAAGAAUCUCAGAAGUCACUACUCAUAAUGUUGAGCUGAUGGAUAUCGUGAACUCACUGUGCCUUUCUGACUUGAAUCGUGUGCUCUAUCGCUGCGACGAAGAGGAGAAAGAUGAAGGCCAUGGAGGAGGAACUUACUCAAUCCCCAACUAUGGCUCAUUACCCUACUGUGGUCUUCAAGGGGUGAUUUCUGUGCUGAGUGAGAUUCGUGUGCACAAUGAUCUUGGGCAUCCUCUGUGUUGUAACCUCCGUGAUGGUGAUUGGAUGCCUGAGUAUAUCGUCACACGUCUUAAACAUGAACCAGCAACCCAGAGGCUUGCCAAGUGGUUCGAAGAUAUAUUCAACUGGCUGAAGGAAGUUCCCAGAUACCUCAUUCCAGCUUACUUUGAUUCCAUUGUGACAAGUUCAUUUCUCAAGGGUCAGACUUUGCCAAGGCUCUGA